AAACAGCACAGCACACUUGUUCUUGAUAAAGAUGGAGUCUAUGGCGAGAUGGCACCGUGUCACACACUGUUAGUCUUCCAGAAAGCCGCACGGACCCACCGAGCCUGGGGCCAAUCUGGCGCCAUCCACUUCCUGGGCACAUGCAGGCGUGAGCAUACCAGCGCUAUUUAUAACCUCUUAUAUUAGAGCGGAGUAUUUUCAAAUGAGGCUGAGAAGAUAAGACAGCAGCAGGAAAAGGCCAUGGUUAGGACGGGGUGUGGGGGGGUUGUUUACCUAACAGGACAUUUGGCUGUCAUCUGAAGCGCAAAGAAAACGUCGUGCUGCAAUGUGACGCUUGAGAAUCAUGUGGAGAGAAAAAAACACAACAUGGACCUUCCUCCUCAGACUGGUUAGACACACUUAACCGGAAAACUACAUCGCGACACAUUCAACAGUGAUUUCCCGGAAUAGUGCGCGUCUUCUUUAAGAGAUUCAAAACAAUCAUUACUUCCUGUAUGUUAGCGCGAGCGCUUUAACUAUAUUCUACAUUAGAACAUAAGUAAAUGAUAUAGUAAAUGGUUUGAAGAAGAUAAUAUAACAGACAGUUACGGUGUCGUGUAAUACUUUUUAAGUUUCGCGGUAACGUGAAGCUGGUCGGGAGAAAAAGAAAGACACCUCAACGCGCGUUAAGUCCGACGGCUUUAAAGGUGUCACCUGCCAGGCUGAAAGAGUGACAAUCCUCGAAGUCCGGAGAUGGAGAAAAGGAAUGACCCGCAGCUCAGACUCGGAGAGGAGUUCUUCAACCAACCCUGUCUCAGUUUGGCCAAAGCUUUCCUCGGAAAGGUGUUGGUCCGCAGGUAUGCAGAUGGGACUGAGCUGCGAGGGAGAAUCGUGGAAACUGAAGCCUACCUCGGAGGAGAGGACCGAGCUUCACACUCAGCAGGGGGCAAACGCACUGAGAGGAACACCGCCAUGUUCAUGAAGCCUGGCACCAUCUAUGUGUUUCCGAUCUACGGCAUCCUCCUCUGUAUGAACGUGUCGAGUGAAGGGGAGGGUGCUGCCGUGCUGCUGCGCUCCCUGGAGCCCCUGCGGGGUCAGACCCUCAUGAGGGAGCUGAGGGCAGCCAGACGCAAAGAGGGAGCCCCACAACUGAAGGACAAAGAUCUCUCCAACGGGCCGGCCAAGCUGUGCCAGGCUCUAAAUAUACUCCGCUGUUUUGAUCGUCGGGACCUCGCCUCAGACCCAGACAUGUGGAUGGAGAGGGAGCCCGACACCAAUCCAGCGGAACCCCACGAUAUCGUAUCGGCACCCCGCGUUGGAGUUGAAUCUCACGGGGAAUGGGCCGAGAAGCCCUGGCGGUUUUAUCUCCGUGGGAACCCGUGUGUUAGCGUGGUGAAUAAAGACGCAGAAAGACAGUCUGGAAGUGUAACGGACAAUGUUAGGUCCCUGACGUGUGCCGUCUGACUCGGGACAGCACAAAGUCAAGAGGGCGUAGCAGGAAUAUCCCUGGAACUACUCUGCCACCUGUUCCCUCUGUGGACUUCAUUUAGACAGUAUGAAAACUCAAGAAGGAGAAAGUCAAGAGGGUAGAAUAACCUUCAUGACUGAUUAAAUGUCUAGAUUCCAAUCUGCAUAAAUUAUUCAAUGUGCUUCUUAUUAAUUCGUCAACUGCAAACUCAGUCGACUAGAAUAAGACUCAAAUCAUCGGGCUAUUAAAAAAAAGAACAAUUUCUAUAAUGUA